GUUUUUUGAGAUUUUUUAGAGUGAGUUUUAGCUCCAAAAAGUUGGUAAAUUUAGAGAUUUAGAGGACUUGAUUUCUCUGUUAUUUCUGGGUAUGUUGAGCUUGUUAAGUUUUGUUUAAUGAGUUUGGAGAGUGUUAUUUGAUAUUUUGCUGCGUAAUUUUGGAUUAAUUUUGUGUCUCGAGAUAUGGGAUAUUGUUUUUAGGUGGGUUAUUAAAUUGGAGUGAUUUUGUUAUGUGUUUUCUGAGAAAUGGAUUUUGUUUCGAUUAGGUUUAUCUUAUUGAUUUUAUUUGAAUGUUUGUUUUGGUUGACAUGUGAGUGAAUGAGUUUAUAGAUCUACGUUUAGAAAGUGUUUUGAGUUCUAGAGCUUUGAGCGUCUGGUUUUGUAUAUUGUUUGAAGUUCGUGUUAAAGCGAGGAUCUCACUUCUUAGUCUUGCGGUAGUGAAACAAACUCUUUUGAUUCUCUUGUUGCGAUUAAAAUCUUUGCUUGCAACGGGUUAAACCUGAGAAUUAUUCAUGCAAACCCGGAAACAUAAAAAUAAUUGCAGGUCAGAUAGAAUUUCUUAGUUUGGAGAUCUGGGAUGGUUUACAUGUGCCAUAUGAUUUAACCGGAUAGUCCAAUUAUAGGAUCGAGUUUUUGCAUGACAUUAGAACUCAGUGGGUUAUGAUUGAUUAAUUAUGUUUCUAAUGGAAAAUUAAUUACUACAAAUUGUUGCAUGCAUUGGCUCCUGUAACUUUGAUCUAAAGUGGAAAGUAUUUAUGAGGAAGAUUUCUUUGUUUUCAAAGAGUGUGCUUGGUGUUUUAACUAAAAAAAUAAUUAUUUUUCUAAGCAUCGGUGAAAAAAAAAAAAAAACUUCUUUAUCUGCCAAGUGCCAAACAGGUCUAGAGAUUUUGCAUGUGUAUAUUUUUUAUGAUAAGUUCCAUACUGUCAUCUGUUUGCAUAUGAUCAUAAAUAGCCAGAUCAUAUAAAAGUUGUAUCUUAUUAUUCUUCUGUGCUAGAGGUUACACUAAAGAACCUGUUCUUGAUGUGAACAGUUUCUUUCAAGUCUCCUUGAUUCUCGGGUUGGCAUUUUUGGACUUUAUGUCAUCCUUACAGACAUAUGAGUAUCAAGUUUGGCAGCUAAGUUGGCAUCUUUACUGCUGAUCUGUAGUUAGGUAUUGAAUCUUAAGUUGGGAAUUGCGCCCUUUUUUCUGUAAUUUUUGAGAUAUAAAUAUGCCUUCAUGGUGGGGGAAGUCUUCAUCCAAAGAAGAAAAGAAGAAGGCAGCAAAGGAAAGUUUUAUUGACACAAUAAAUCGCAAAUUUAAGAUUGCAUCUGAAGAAAAAUCCAGAAGUAGAUCAGGAGGUGCUGGGAGACGAUAUAAUGAUGCUGUUUCAGAAAGGGGAUCUCUAUCCCGAGUGCCAUCAAGAUCACCAUCACCUUCAACAUAUGUAUCACGUUGCCAAAGUUUUGCAGAAAGGCCUGCUCAGCCACUUCCACUUCCAGCGGCUCAUCUUGCUAGUCUUGGGUGCAGUGAUUCUGGAAUUAGUGCAGCAACAAAACCAAGAUUUGACAGAAGUUCCAAAACAUCACUGAUUUUACCCCUCCCAGCACCUGGAUGUGUCCCUAACAGGUUGGAUCCUGCUGAUGCUGAGGGAGAUUUAGCAGCUGCUUAUUCUUGUGACAGCUCCAGUGAUAGUGAUUAUCCACCAGAUUCUCGUCUCGUUAGUCCCUUGACUCCUCUGCAUCCACGAGCUGGAGGGGCUGUCAAUGAGUCUCCUAAUGGCCGGCCUGACGAUGUGAAACAACAAAGCCAUCGAUUGCCCCUUCCGCCUAUAACAAUCUCUAAUACUUGUCCUUUUUCUCCCUCAUAUUCAACUGCAACAUCUCCAUCAGUCCCCAGAAGUCCAGGCAGGGUAGAAAAUCCAGUUAGCCCUGGUUCACGCUGGCAGAAAGGAAGAUUGCUGGGGAUAGGCACAUUUGGACAUGUCUACCUUGGUUUUAACAGAGAAAGUGGUGAGAUGUGUGCUAUGAAGGAGGUAACUCUAUUUUCAGAUGAUGCAAAGUCAAAAGAAAGUGCACAACAGCUGGGGCAAGAAAUUGCAAUGCUGAGUCGCUUAAGACAUCCAAAUAUAGUGCGGUAUUAUGGAUCCGAAACUGUGGAUGACAAGCCUUAUAUAUAUUUGGAGUAUGUGUCGGGUGGUUCCAUUUAUAAAAUUCUCCAAGAAUAUGGUCAGCUUGGUGAAAAUGCUAUACGCAGUUAUACUCAACAGAUCUUGUCUGGGCUUGAAUAUUUACAUGCUAAGAACACUGUCCAUAGAGACAUCAAAGGAGCUAAUAUAUUGGUAGACCCCAGUGGCCGUGUGAAAUUAGCUGAUUUUGGGAUGGCAAAGCAUAUCACUGGGCAGUCUUGUCCUUUAUCAUUCAAGGGAAGUCCUUAUUGGAUGGCACCUGAGGUCAUAAAAAAUUCAAAUGGUUGCAAUCUUGCUGUUGAUAUUUGGAGCCUUGGUUGUACUGUUUUGGAGAUGGCGACCACCAAACCACCGUGGAGUCAGUAUGAGGGGGUGGCCGCUAUGUUCAAGAUAGGAAACAGUAAGGAACUCCCUGCUAUUCCUGAUCAUCUCUCAGAUGAAGCAAAGAACUUUGUGAGGCUCUGUUUGCAACGGAAUGCAGCUUGUCGUCCUACAGCAGCUAUGCUUUUAGAGCACCCUUUUAUUAAAAAUGCUGCCCCAUUGGAAAGACCCAUUUUCUGUGGUGAGCCUGCAGAUGCAAUACCUCCAGUUACAAAUGCAAUGAAAAUUCCGGGUGCUGGACAGGCCAGAAAUCUUUCAUGCUUAGACUCAGAAGGGACUAACUACCAGUCCAGGGGAUUAAGAACUGGUUCAGGAUCAAGUGAAGCGCAUACUCCUUGGAAUGUGUCAUGUCCAGUUUCACCCAUUGGGAGUCCACUUUUACAUACAAGGUCACCACAGCAUGCUAGUGGAAGGAUGUCUUCCUCUCCAGUAUCUAGCCCUCAUACUGCAUCUGGUGCAUCCACUCCUCUCACUGGUGAGAGCGGUGCUAUCCCAUUUCAUCACCACCAGCAACCAACAAACUACUUAAAUGAAGGCAUUGGAGUUGCCCCCAGAUCCCAAAAUAAUUUCUACGCAAAUGCUAGCAACCACCCCUAUCAAGAUCCUUGGCCUGAGUUGUUCCGAGGAAUGCCACAAGCCUCUCGUGUUUUCAGGGAAGUUGUUUCAUCUGAUGGAGCAACUUCUGUAAAUCAGUUUGGACGUCCUGGCAAUGGAGACCUCAGGGAGUUCUAUGAUGGACGACCAGUCUUGGCUGAUCACUUGUCUGAGCAAAUCUUGAGAAAUCAUGCUAAGUUGAACCCUUCUGUUGACUUAAAUCCAAGCUCAUCAAUGCUUGGUCGCAGUAAUGGUUUGUAGUCUUGAUUAUUGCUCUGAGCAUGUAAAUUCCUGUUUGAUGCUGGAUGAUGGUUUAGUCAUAAUCAUUACAAGGAACACAAAUCUGCAUGAGGAAGAAUCAAAUGAAAAAGUUGGAUUUUCUGGAAAACUCGAACAGCAGAAAAAUGAUUUCAGUAUAUAGUGGCUUUGGUGUUCUCAGUCAAUCAGGUGAGUAGCUUAUUCCAUCCUGGCAGCUUGUAUGUUUCUUCCAGUGUCCACUUAAAUGAUACAAUGCGUAUGUUUGGAACAUUUUUUUCCCAAGAAGAGAGCUUGCAGAUACAAGACGAGGAAGUUUGGUAUUGUAAAGAACUGUAUAUUGUUAUUACACUUGAAACAGAGAGGAGUUAGAAAAAAGAGCUAUAUUAAGCAUUGGAUUCAUCUUUUUCCCCUUCCCCUCAACCAAACUUUGGGUGGAAGGAUGGUGAUGGGUUGUACAGAAGAAUGCGUUGCACAAUUUGUCUAUCUAGAUGGCAGAAUCUGCCUGAUAUUUGCUGUUGUAUUAAGCUUUUUGCUUUUUUCUUUCUCAUCCUCGGCUAGCAGCAGCAGGCAGGCCUAAAAUCUUGUCUUUCUGGCCGAAAGGCUGAUAUUAUUGUAUUUAGUUUAUACUUGCAUCCAUUAAAUUGAAGAACUUGUGGCGAAACAACUUUACAUUUCA